GUGUGUGUCUAUAUAGGAGAGAAAAUUUAUACACCACGAUUUCAAUCAAACUCGAACGUUUGUACGAUUUGUGUUCCAUUCGUGAAAUUUCUUAUCGCGAUCAACGUACAUAUAUCCAAUUGUCAAAGAACAGACUAUGGAACAGUCGGCAGGCUCGAGCGGUUGCUUCUUUUUACAAAAUCCUGCGAUCAUCAUACUCGUUUUUACGUUUGCAUACGUGUACUUUGUUUUGCGAUGCGGUCAAAAGUGUAUGAGAGAUAAGUCGGCAUAUACUCUCCACACGUUCACCAGAUGUUACAACAUUUUUCAAAUCGUGUCAAAUGGAUUGUUCGCGUAUCAUAUACUCAAGCACGGACUUCACCAAUUCUUGUUACCUGGCUGUGAUGUACCCGAUUCCAGCGUUCCUCUUUUGGCACAGACGAAAACCAUCGAAUGGUGCAUAUUGUGCUCGAAAUUUGUUGAUUACAUCGAAACGAUCAUAUUGCUGCUCGAAAAGAGGCAACAUGAAAUCACGUUGUUGCACUUGUAUCGCCGUAUUUCCGCGCCAUGGAUAACUUGGUUCACCAUGAAGUAUUUCAUCGUUGGAUCGUCCCUGACGUUUACGUUACUCAAUUGCUCAGUGCAUGCGAUGAAGUAUACAUCCAAUCUUCUUUCAUCGUUUGAGCCGCUGUCAAACUCGUUGAUCACUAUCGUAGAAAUGGCGCAGCUGUCUAUUUCAAUAUUGUACGCGCUACAAAGUUUCUUCCUCGGCUGUUCUAUAUCAGUACUUAGAACCUCUGUAAUACUGGCUGACCUAUUGAUCAACCUCGUUUCUUUGUAACUUUUACAAGUAACUAAAAUUAUUAACAAUUGUAAGUAGACGUUAUUCAAGAAAUUAAAUAUCACUGGUGAAAUUGACAAUUAAAAAAUUACCUAGCAAAGCUCUGUCAUUCUACA